AUGGAGAAAACCCCGAAGAGACCGGACGUAGGGAAGAAGGAUCUAUCGUGUUCGCCCCUGGGCGAUGCCGGCAGCGACGAUAAGAAGGCAAAGGAGGUUACCAUUGCGCAGAGCUCGCCCGAGAUUAUGAACCCGGAACUGCCCAUCAAGCAGUACCGCGACCUCCUUGCGCGCGAUCUAGAGCGACGCGAGGCGGCCGUCCGCAGUCCUCCAUCUGCACUCACCGAGAAGGUGCGCGUAUCACCGAUCCACGAAGAGGGCCUGGCAACCUCCCCCACAGCAGUGUCUGGCUCUGACGUUCCCACGGCAUCCACCGAGUCGAGCAAGACGAUACGGCCCGGCUCAACCCCGGGGACGGCGCCCGGUUGGGCUGCCAGAACGCCGUCUUACCCAUUCCCGCGCAUGACACCGACUUAUAACCAUUUGCCCUGGAAUCUGCGCGAGGCUUUCGGCAACCGAUCGCAGAGUGGCACGUUGAAAUUUGCCGGCGGGCAAUUCGAGAACAGUGUUGCCGCCUAUGACCAACUGCGGUCUGAUCCAUCGACGCCACAAUCGGCUAUGACUUUCCUGCCCGGUGGCGUCCCUCACCCAUUAGAGAACUUCGACUUUCCUACGCCCAAUCUCUAUGAUUUGGCCUUGAUGCUCUCAGCGGAGCCUGGCCUUGAUGCAUGGUGGAGCGCCGUUACUCAAAUCAUGAAGGAACACUACAUGGCUGAACGGGUGACACUUUCGAUCCCUGCCGAUGCGACUGACCUCGAGAACGUGCCCUGGGGCCAAAAGGCUACCUACAACACCAUUGAGGGGGACGAGUUGAGCAUGGGAUACCUAGGGAGGGGAAGCAGCAUGAUGCCAAGCAGCACCGAUGAGCAGUUCGAGAUGACGUCAAAUAUGGGAAGUUCUCAAAGAAGUGACAUGUCUUCGCAUAGGCCUGGAAUGCAAAGCCGGCACUCAUUCACAUCUUACGAGGACCGGAAAGAAAUGCGCGAGGGCUAUCUGGGAUCAGGCCACGGCGGAGCCUCAAUGCCUUUAAGACCUCGCCCGAUGCCCCGUAGCAAAAGCUAUUUCCCAACGACUGAUAAAGGCGUCCCGAAUGUCAUCCGUCCCAGUUUAAACAAGCAAACGCUCGAGGAGCACGACGCCGAAGAGAGCCACCGGAACGUGCCCAGCUGGGAGGCACCACUGGUCGCUCGGCGUGAUGCCAAAGGCCGUAUCCUACCAGUUUUGCAAGGCUUGGACCUGGAAGCUGAUCCUCUCAUCGACCACAAUGGCGUCAAGCGCGUGAUUGAGCGAGGCAAAGUUAUUGCUCUCACCCGUUCUUACCCUUACCUCGACCCCAAGUCAGAUAAUCAGGCGCGCGAAGAGACAAAAAGGAAGUUAAAGAAGUCGCUCAGGACAGAAUCGGGAGCCAAGCUGUCGUCAAUGUUGAGCAAUGCUACCGCGCCAAUGACAACGGCGGGCAGAUCUAGGAAGGCGAUGGCCGGCGACAAAACCAAGAAACCGAGCCUGCUCUCAGUUAUGGACGAUGCAGAGCCGAGGUCAGCGACACCCAAGUACGAGGAGUAUGAGCAAGCCCCACCAUCACCUUGGUCGCAAUCUCCUGCACCUUCCCCUGCCGUCCGAGCUGAACCGAAAGACAACCCGUUCUUUACGGAUGCCAUGGUCGAUGAGGAGUCUUUCAACCCUGGUCCCAGCCCGCAUGACUACGCCAAUAUGUCAGCGCCGGAGACGAUAGGGAUUGACAACUCCUGGACCGUGUUGCACAUUCCUCUGAAGCAUGUUCUGUUGUCCAAGACGACUCCGGGCUUCAAGUUGAAUUCAGCAGCACUUGAAGAGAAAACAACGCGUGGUAGGGCAGGGUCCAAGGCAGACGUAAACCCGAGUCCGCGCCCGUCCUCAUACGACAAUAUGAAGAAGACCCAACAGCGCCCCAUCGCUAUUUUGUCCGUACUCAGCCCCAUCAUACCUUAUCCAUCUAAUUUGCGCUACUCUCUGGAGCAUCUCGCCGCCCACCUCGCAACAUCCUUCUCUCUGGCGCGUCACUAUUCGAAUCUCGAGACCGAAGUCGCUGGGCUUCACCGAAAACGACCAUCCACCUCAGGCUUUGGUGCCCUGGCACCUGAUGGGAGACCGCUGGAAGACCCAAUGCUAUUCGCUCGGAUGAGUUAUACUAGAUCUGAAGAUCCGUCUCAGCGGUCGAUGGGAGGCAGUCUUGCGAGCCCCAGCGACUACUCCAUACCCUCUCGAAGUACCGCUGGAUCUCCGAGCGUAACCCCUAAUUGGGAUACUGGUUCUUUUGGUAUGGUAAUGGAAAAAAUAUCGAAUGGCACAAGUCCCGGCCAGAUUGGUUCCGACGGAUACUUUGGCACCAAGUCGAGACCUGGACAAGGCCUUGUUCACGGCGGACAUUCAAGCUCGGGCCUGCGCUCCUCCAAGGCUACCAGGGAGCCCUUGACUGCGGCCGAGAAAAGACACAGGAGAACCAGCAGCUGGAAACACGAUCUUCCAGAGAUGGCCCCGUCCACUGAACCGGAAGAUAUCGACAGUGGAACGGGCAGUAGGCACACGUCUGAUGAGGUCACGCCCACCAUAGCCACGAAGAAGGUAGCUAAGGAAACAGACAAUGCCAAUAAUGACGAUGAUGCUCAAGAGAGACGGAAUCGAGUGAUCGAACAAGUUGUUGCGAACCAAAGCAGCAACAGACACAGCAUGCUACACUCAUAUGGUGCGGAUACUGCCACGACACUACAGUCGCUUCCGUCCGGUGGCUUGAUACCACAGAAACGGCCAUCGCCCGCUUCUGUGCUGCAACGGAGUGGAUCCGCCUCAACGACAGAGGUCACCAUGUUGCCACCGUCAGACAAAUUGAAAGGUCUCAUGCUAGACCUCCUGCCAUCCCACGUUUUCGUGGCAUUGCCCGGCGAUGGGGAGAUCGUUUGGGUCAACAGCAGAUACCUGACAUAUCGGGGCCAAACCAUCGCUGACUUGGUUGUAGACCCCUGGGGCAGUAUACAUACCGACGACCGCGAUUCUUAUCUCAGCAAUUGGAACAAAUCUCUCCACACCGGCGAAACUUUCUCCAUGACAGUCCGUUUGCGACGGUUUGAUGGCGCAUACCGAUACCAUCUGGCUCGGGCCGUUGCCUCUCGCGACAGACGAGGUUCUGUCCGCCAUUUCAUCGGCUCGUAUAUGGAUAUUCAUGAUCAGCAUACAGCAGAAGUCAAAGCUGCACGCCAGGAGGAGAUAGAAGCGUCGGAGGCGAAGCACCGUCUCCUGGCAAAUCUGAUCCCCCAGAUCAUCUUCACGGCAACCGAGGACGAAGGCAUAACCUUUGCAAAUCAGCAGUGGCUUUCCUACACCGGGCAGAGCUUUGAAGAUGCGAUGGGCGUCGGCUUCAUGGACUAUGUCCAUCCUGACGAUCUGGCCAAGUGCAGGAUACCACCGGACAAACAGACCGGCAAGGGCUCCGAUUUUUUUACUCUAUCCGGUGUCAAGACGGCAGCUUCUGCUACUGCUACACCCACACAAGCUGGGACCUCUUCGCUUAACACCCCGAGAGGCUUUCCUCAGUCACUAUCUCGAGAAAACAGCUCUUGCAGUAGUUCUUCGUCGGAAUUCUUCAGUCCGGACCUGACAGAACUGGCGAAGAAGGGCGUCAUAAAAGUUGGAAAGGACAGUAACGGUCGGCCGUCUUAUACCACCGAACUACGGCUCAGGUCCAAAACUGACGAAUAUCGUUGGCACCUCAUAAGGUGUGUUGCAAUUGAUAACAUCAAUUUUGGCAGCGGGGCAAGCUCUUACUUCGGAUCCGCAACCGAUAUUAACGACCACAAGCUUCUCGAGGCCAAGUUGAAAGAAGCUAUGGAGUCAAAGAGCAGAUUCCUUAGCAAUAUGUCCCAUGAAAUCCGAACCCCGUUGAUCGGCAUUUCUGGUAUGGUUAGCUUCCUGCAGGACACAACACUCAACGAGGAGCAAAGAGAUUACACCAACACGAUUCAGACGAGCGCCAAUAGCCUUUUGAUGAUUAUCAACGAUAUUCUCGACCUAUCAAAGGUGGAUGCUGGCAUGAUGAAGCUGAACUUUGAAUGGUUUCACACACGCUCGCUCAUCGAGGACGUCAAUGAAUUGGUCUCAACAAUGGCGAUUGCGAAACGCCUCGAGCUCAACUAUGUUGUAGAAGGAGACGUGCCUUCCUGGGUAAAGGGCGAUAAAGUUCGGAUUCGCCAGGUUCUACUCAAUGUCAUUGGAAACGCCAUCAAAUUUACAGCUCACGGGGAGGUCUUCAGUCGAUGCAAGGUCUUGACAUCUAAUACAACUGGGAAUGACAUCAUGCUUGAAUUCUCCAUUAUCGACACAGGUCGAGGCUUUACCGCGGAGGAGGCUGAGUUGAUUUUCAAACCAUUCAGUCAGAUUGAUGGAAGCAGUACUCGGCAGCACGGUGGCAGCGGGCUGGGCCUUGUCAUUUCGAGGCAGCUCGUGGAGCUUCACGGCGGCAAGAUGGACGGGACUGCAGUUCCCGGCGAGGGCUCAACCUUCACUUUCUCCGCGAGAUUCGGCUUACCCAGCGAUUCGGAUCAUCCAGACGCCAUCGGCACUCCCGUCCUGCUAGGAUCGCGACAACCCUCGCAUGAAAGCUCGGAUGACAGCUCCACGUUGACCAUGAAACCUUUGCUCCUUCAUAAGGCUACCGAUGGCAUAUUCACCGCCAGUCCCAGUUCAAGUUCCGACGCGGCGUCUCCAGCUCUUAGGUCGUCUGGCAGCUCAGACCCUUCCAUAAGGUCGAUACUGUCCCAGAACACUGCCAGAUCAUCGGUGUCGUCCGUCAACGUCGGUCUUGUUCACUUCAGUGAAGCUGCUAGGGCAAGCGGGCAAGAACUGUCCCAGAUUAAGCUCGAGAUCCCGCCCUCUAAGCCAUCACCAAGAGGAUCGCCUACUCCUAAUGGAUCCAAAAUAGGAGUUUUACCGGAUGAAUUCCGUCCACCGAUGUACUCAAUCCUCAUCAUUUGUCCGCAAACUUACAGUCGGGAGGCUACGACCAAGCACAUCGAGAUGACGUUGCCCAAGGACGUUCCUCAUCAGAUUACUGCCCUGGCAAGUAUCGAGGAAGCACAAGACCUGAUUGGCGGCACGGAAUCCGUCACCUUCACGCACAUAGUCCUCAAUUUGCCUUCAGCUGAGUACAUUAUCAACAUGGUUGAUCAAAUAACGUCUACAUCUAGUGGCAAGACAUUGAUCUUGGUGUUGAUCGACUCGGUGCAGCGACAAGAGGUACUUAAGCUGGCGUCGGACAGAGAACAGCAGCUUCUUGCUGAGAAUAAGAUCAUUUUCAUCUACAAGCCAGUUAAGCCGUCUCGUUUUGCCGGCGUCUUUGACCCGGCCAAGUUGAGAGACCUCAGCAUCGACCGGAACCGCUCCACCGCCGCCCAGAUGGUGGAGAGCCAAAGGCAGAGCUACAUCGAUGUCGAGAAACGCAUUGGGAACAAGGGCUACCACGUUCUUCUGGUGGAAGACAAUCCAGUCAACCAGAAAGUGUUGGUCAGAUUUUUGAAGAAGGUGGGCAUCAAUGCCGAAAUCGCCGGAGAUGGUAUUGAAUGCACCGAAGCGGUGUUUUCGCAUCCUCCCGGGUACUAUUCAUUGAUUCUGUGUGAUCUUCACAUGCCACGGAAAGACGGCUAUCAAGCCUGUCGAGACAUUCGGCAAUGGGAAAAGAAAGGCAAAUACCCCAAGCUACCCAUCAUCGCCUUAUCGGCAAACGUAAUGUCGGACGUUCAGGAGAAGUGUGUUGCGGCGGGCUUCAGCGACUAUGUCACGAAGCCAGUCGACUUUAUCGAUCUGAGUAACGCCAUGUCCAAGUUCUUCUGA